GCUGCGGAGCUCAAGCAGCGCCACGCAGGCCGGGGCCAGCACGUGUAUCUGGACAACGCGUGCGACUGAGCCUGAGAAAAGCGCGCCUGCGCACAGUGCGCCCCAUGAUGGGCCAGGCGGUUCAGUAGAAAAUGAAAAAGGACAAUAUAUUUCACCAUUCCAUGAUAUUCCAAUGCACCCGGAUGCUAGCAAGAAUGUAUUCAACAUGGUUGUGGAAGUGCCUCGAUGGACAAAUGCAAAGAUGGAGAUUGCAACAAAGGAUCCUCUAAACCCAAUUAAACAAGAUGUGAAGAAAGGAAAGCUGCGUUAUGUUGCUAAUGUAUUUCCCCACAAGGGCUAUAUCUGGAAUUAUGGUGCUAUCCCUCAGACAUGGGAAUAUCCAGGACAUAAAGAUGAAAAUACUGGCUACUGUGGAGAUAAUGAUCCAGUUGAUGUGUGUGAAAUUGGAAGCAAGAUAUGCUCAAGAGGAGAAGUAAUUAAAGUGAAAGUUCUGGGCACACUGGCACUGAUUGAUGAGGGGGAGACAGACUGGAAAUUAAUUGCAAUCAAUAUUGAAGACUCUGAAGCAGCCAACUAUAACAAUAUUGAUGAUGUCAGAAAGAUGAAACCUGGCUACCUAGAAGCUACAGUGGACUGGUUUAGAAAGUACAAGGUACCUGAUGGGAAGCCAGAAAACCAGUUUGCAUUUAAUGGAGAAUUUAAAGACAAGGAUUUUGCAAUUAAGGUAAUCAAAACCACUCAUGAACACUGGACAGCGCUAGUAUCUGAAAAAACUGAUGGAGGAGAAAUCAAUUGUGCAAAUACAACUGUGUCAGACAGCCCACUUUGUAUUAGUCAAGAAUCUGCUAAAGCUAUUGUGGAAGCAGUACCACCCCUUGGAACUGCUAAUCCAAUACCAUCUGACGUGGACAAGUGGUUCUAUUACCAGAAGAACUAAGACCUAAGGAUGGAUGUUUGAAAUGCCUACAUUCCUCCUACCAGGAAUCCAUAAGUGGUGGGCAGGGGAUGAAAAAUUCUAGCAUACAGUUCCAAAAGGGAGGAGGGAGCGGGAAGGUCUUAUCAUAGGUAACUUAUUAAAACAGAAUUGCAUAUCUACCAAUGAUGUGGAAUGGUCUAAAUGUACCAAGAUAACGUAGAGACUAAAAGCAAUAUUUUUGUAAGAGUGGCUUCAUGUAUCUUUGUACAUUAUAAUAGUAGAUCUGCUCAACUGUGUACAGAAUAUUUGAUGGACGUUCACUGUAUGUUAGAAAUAAAAUUAUUUUGCUGAAAUUAAUU